CAGCGAAGGGCGCAGAAGUGUCACCCAGAAGAAAUUUUGACCCUGGAGCGAUUUGGCACAACAGCGGGCCGCGCUGUCAAGACUCCGUCCCGCAUCCCUCCAGGCUAUAUAAGGCAGGCAAGUCACUCCAUAACCACAGUGGAAAUCGAGCAACAUCUUGAGAGCCGCUCCCUCGCCAUCCUAGGACCACGUGCCGCAUAGCCUCCGUCAAAUUCGAGGUCACAUCCAACAAGCGGGCGGACAACACGUCAUCUUGAGCCUCUACAGGACACGCAGCGCGGGGCGCCACCAUGGACAGCACCUACAUGGAGCUAGUGCACACCUGGGCUGACGAGGGUAAUCAACCCGUGGGAAGAAGUGGUCAUCGAAUUCACUGCACGGAUUCCUUCUUGUAUAGUGUGGGCGGUUACAACCCCAACCACGGCCCCCUGAGGGAGGUGUGGCGUCUCAACCUGUCGACGGGGCAGUGGGAGCAGCUGUCCUGUCCCGCCACGACCCCAGAGGCCAGCAUUUCCCACAGUCUCGCCAGCCACCAGGGAGACCUACUUAUGACGGGCGGCACCUCCUAUCCUUUCGGCAGCAUCCUGACCAGCGAGGUGUUGGCGUGUGACCAGCAGACCGGGGAGUGGCGCCCCCUACACACCUCAGGCCCUGCCCCCUCACCACUCUACGGCCAGGCUGUGCGCAGGGCAGGAGAUUACAUGUAUGUGGUGGGCGGCACCUCAGGCUUUCACUUCUCCCUCCAAGCCCACGCACUGCACCUGCCCUCCCUCACCUGGACCCGCCUGGCUGACAACGAUGCCCCUAACAAGAAUGACGAGCCUUUGGGAAGGUACCGCGCUGAGAUCGGGGUGGCGCCGGGGCGUGUGGUAGUGGUCGGGGGCGCCUCUGCAUUCACUGUCUUCCCACUGGACCAGCUGCCUGUGCUCAACGUGAACUCCGGCAAGUGGGAGGUGCAGUGGACGAAACCUGACCCCGUGAUGCAGGUGUGCCCGAGUCCCCGCCGCUGCCACGCCGCCGUGCAGAGGAACAACGAGCUUUAUGUGCUGGGUGGUACGGACGGAGAGGAAGUGUUCAACGACGUGUGGCGUCUCAACCUGCUCUCUCUCGCGUGGACCAGACUCUCCCUCACGCUGCCCACGCCCCUCUACUUCCACGACGCUGCUCUCACCAAGAAUGGAUGUCUUUAUGUGUAUGGCGGCCUGGACAGUGUGGGCAGCGACCAGCGCUCCGAGGCAGUGUUCCGAGCACACCUGGAGGCGCCACCCCUGCUGGAGGCUGCGUGGGGAGCCUUCACCGGCCAGUGCCCGAGCCUUCUCUCCACCGAUCUCACCUUCACCAACAACGACUUGGUGGCGGCGGGCGUCCCAAGGAGCAUGGUGAAGCGACUAGCACGACUGCCCAAGAAGACUAAAGACCACUGAUAUAUCUGACUUCAUAGCAGAGGAAAAAAUUAGUCCUGUGGUAACGUUGCGGACACUGCAACUGUUCCCUGGCCGCGGUAUGGCAGUGUAAGGCGCCCCGCCACUCAGUUAACGACAGAAAGGCUGUGGUUUCCUGCAGAAGAAUGACGUCAUGGAUUCCCGAGGAAGAACCUGCACAACACCGUGAGACUUGCUUGCGUUGAUCUCUCGUAUGGAGUGUCAAGACUCGCCGGGAGAGGUGCUGCACAGCAAGGCACACAUCGCAGUAAGACCACCAUAAACUCGAGGACCACACCAUGUUACCCUUCACCGUGACCACGUUCAACACUGUUUCGAAGCUCCGAUCUCUUCUUGCCAUAGGCCUAGGUGUAAAUGUGUGUGUGUGUGUGUGUGUUGAGAUAAUGAUAUAUUAUCAAAGUAUAUGGAUUUCGAGCAAAGUGACCUCACCUUUUCAUAGAUUUUGCAUGGGACUGUCAAGUGGCGGCGUCCAAGGUCCUCGGUCUACACACACACACACACGUGCGGUUCUUUUCUCACACUGACUUGUAAACAAAUGACGUCAUAUCUUGCAGCUGCGCAGUAGAGAAGCGCUAAUCUGUCGCUAGAUUUUAAACACACACACACACACACACAC